CGCGAACGCAGCAGCAUCGUUUUUUCCCUCUCGCUUUAAAAGCAGCAGAGGGAAAAAGCCAAGCUCUGUAACAGCGUAGCAGAAGGCGUAUACAUUUACGUCGACACACACAUACACACGCACACACAGAGCAGUCGCUUUUAGCAAUAUAUAUACGUAUGCAUGUAUAAGUAUAUAUAAGGUAUAUAUAUAAAGCGUGAGCAACGAGGGGGAGACGCGAGUCGAGACGAACUCCAAAGCAGUAGAGCACGAGCCGAGCUUCUGCACGGAGCUGUAUACAUAUACGAGCUAUAUACAAGAAGGCUGAAAAGACUUGAUAGCGCGCGACGCAAAUGUAUGUACACACGACCAAGAUAUAAACGUCAAAGAGGAUUUGUCGUGCCUCGUGCAUCUCGUACGCGCUAAAGCUCUCAAAACUUCGUCGAGUGCCAGUGUUUGUGUGUGUGUGUGUGUGUGUGUGUAUGUGUGUGCGUGGUUUUCGUUGUUGUUCCGUGCAAUUAUGCUCGCUACUUGAAAAACGUCGGACGACAUAGACGCUCGAUAAUAUUAUACAUGUAGUAUAUACUCUCGCUGUCGUGCUGCACGCGGCCGGACAAAGUCCCGUGUGUCCGUGCUUGUUGUUGUUUUUUUGUCGUUCUGCUGAUUUCAUACACGAUAUACGUGCAACCACAGGCCAGCGUGCGGUACGCGCCUAGUGGGGUUGUUGUCGCACGAGAGUUAUCGCGAAACACGCGUCGUCGUCUUCGUCGACUUGGACUCCGCUGAUAAAUUCGGAGCCAAUAGCUAUUUGGAGCUGUGUCGAUGCAGUGCAGCCUGUGCAACGACGACGUUGGCGUAUUGAUACAGCAGCAGCAACAGCAGCUUAGUACAGUCAGCGAGUAAAUUCGAGUAUCGUGAUUGUUUUAUCACACACGCGCGCGCGCGACACACGGACACAAUACAGCGAGCGCGGUAUCUGACACUCGCUGCAGUUGAUGCCGAGAGCAAUAUAAAGAGCGCGGCUGGCCCGAGUAUAGGUUCGAGAGAUCGAAGCGAUGAACGGAGGCUCGUACCGCGUCUCGGACCAGCAGCAGCAGCAGCAACAGCAGCAUCAGACGACGAGAUUCGCCGACUACUUUGUCAUCUGCGGCCUUGACAAAGACUCCGGCCUCGAGCCCGACAAAUAUUUUGGUGAUUCUCCCGAGUGCACGCCGCUGGAUCGAGCCUACAAGAGCAAAGUACUCGGACAUUAUCCGGAGAGCGUAACAUGGAAUCCCUUCGACGAACACGCCGUUUGCAUGCUAUGCCUACCGAGCGGCUUGCGUUUUCGAACGCAAAAGCACUCGGUCGAGCCGAGCUUUCACUCCUUCGUCCUCACGAAAGAGGACGGCCACAGGACCUACGGCUUCACUCUGCUCUUCUACGAGGAGUGCCGUAAUCGAAAGAUAUGCGCUGCCAUGCAGACGCUACAGGCCAUGUUCAUGACCGAGCUCAGCAGUCGGCAGAACGGCGCGUCACCACAGCAAAAACGAGGACCGGACGGCCACGUGAACACGAGGUCGCUGCCGAGGCACUUUAAAAUAGCACCGCACUCGUCGUCGGCCGCACUGGCUUAUUACGACUCGACCAAAGACAAACUAUUAGUUACCAAAUCGAUAUCGCUCAUAUGUCAACAACCCUACCUCUACGCUGCCAAAGUUUUCUUAACGAAUUUAUACAAAUGCGUACCGCGCCAUCCUGGGCCGGGCUUCAGCCUCGAGUCCUACGUGUACAAUCUGCUGUACAACGUGCCGACGCCGCUGGCCGGCAAGUCGCUCAAAUUCUACGUACCCAACAACGAGCCGGCGAAACCGCCCCUCGAGCUGGUGAUCCAUCAGCCGCUGCUGGGCCAGCAGCUGCCGCUGCUCGACUACUCGCUCAAGGAUCUGUUCGUCUGGCUGGGCAUCGACACGUGCAUCCAGCUGUUCACCUGCGUGCUGCUGGAGAAUCAGGUGCUGCUGCGCAGCUCGGACUUCAACAAGCUCAUGGUCGUCGCGGAGUGCGUCGCGUCCCUCCUCUUUCCGUUCGCCUGGCAGCACGUCUACGUGCCCAUACUCCCGGCGAGCCUCUAUCACUUCCUCGACGCGCCCGUGCCCUUCAUCAUGGGUCUGCACGCCAACAACGACUCGGGUUUCCUCAAUAUCGCCGGCGAGGCCAAUCUCUGCUACGUCGAUAUCGAUAAGCAAACGAGCCAAUUUCCCGAAGAGCUUCCCGUCUUUCCUCACAAGAUGCAGUUCGUCGACGAGAUUAGAUCAUAUUUGAAUAAGUACAAAGUUCCGUAUCUCGAAAAGACUGACAAUACGUUCGGAAAUUAUUUGAACGGUGACAUCAUGACAAGCAGUUUGACAUUGCCCGGCUCCAGUUUUUGCUAUCCCAAGAGAAAGCACUCGCUGCAUGAUGUGCUCGAUUGGAGCAGGUCGGAUUCGCAGUCCGACACGAUACAGAAUAUCCUCGACAGUGCCAAUCGAACAGACGUAGACUUGGAAGAUAUCGAUUUGAUCGAAAACUCAUCUAGGAACAACAAAAAGCUCACGCCUCAGGAAGAAUACAAGGAAACCCUAAUUUUCAACAAUGCAAUCAGAGAGAUCUUUUUGAAUCGUUUCGUACAGAUAUUUUCGAGCUACGAGCACUUUGUUAUAUUGCCGAACCAAGACAAGGAGGAAUGGAUGGCCAACCGGGACAGUGUACAUUUGUUCGAUAAAGCAACAUUCUUAUCGGAGCAGCCAGCCCAUCAUUUACCAUUUUUAUCUAGAUUCAUCGAGACUCAAAUGUUUGCAUCGCUCGUUGACGCCAAAGUUUUAUCCUUGUGGGACGAGCUCGAUCCAAAUAUCCGAUUGUUCGACAAAAGAAUAGCACAACUUAAAAAAAGAGUUGGAGAGGGUAUUGUUCGAUCCACUCGGUACGAGGUCUGUACGUGCAUUUCAGAAUCUCAAUCGAUUCUCGAACAAAGAUUGAACAAUAUUGACUUUGAAGUCAACCCGCCGACAGAAGUGAUACCGCAUAGAGCUGCUUACUUUCGCAGUUUUCCUUUGCUCGACAACGUAGCUUUGAACAAAGAGCCAACGCAAAGUAUGCUUCGUAGCAGAAAAGGUCAGACGCAGUGGAAAUAUAAAAUGAAAGCCCUGGAGCAGAAUGGAAAAGCACCUGUAGUACAAGAAACACAAUCACCUCGACCCCAAGCUAAACUUUCAACCGACAUGAGUCCUGCUCUCAUCGCACAAGCCAAUUGGACCUUCGUUGAAACUUUGCUCAAAGACUGCAAAGCCAAGACAAAGCGAAUGUUGGUAGAAAAAAUGGGAUCCGAGGCAGUUGCAUUAGGCCACGGUGGAGAGUCACUUUCCGACGUCGAAGAAAAUACUCUAGUUGCAAGUUUGUGCGACUUGAUUGAACGAGUCUGGAGCCACGGGCUUCAAAAUAAGCAAGGCAAAAGUGGUUUGUGGACGCAUCUUAUUAUGUAUCAACAGAUGGAGGAGUGCAAUGACAGUACGAAGUCGAUGGACGCAAACAAUCUGUCACCAGCAUCUAAAAAACCAUCCAAUAAGCUUUCUCGGUUGUCGGAUCGUUUGGUCUCCUCGUUAAAAAACAAACACAUUUACGAACUAGCUUCGUCUUAUUUCAAGGAAAAUAUGAGUGAUCUAUCAAAUCUUGCGCUAGAAACCGACGUAUCUCCGAGCAGGAACUCGGAAAAUCAACGGCAUAAAUCACCAGCGAGUACGGAUCGCGAGAGACGCUCCAUCGGGCCCGAACAAUUGAAACCCCUACCAGAUUCGUUGCUCUUCGAUAUCAGAAAUGUGCAAGCGAUGACUGACAUAAAAACUCACGUCGGUUAUGCUCGAGCUUGGGUCAGGCUGGCAUUAGAAAAGAAACUACUGUCGAGACAUCUGAAAACAUUGCUCAGCAAUACUGCUCUUUUAAAGAGUCUUUACAAACGAUCGGCUUUUCUUCGAUGCGACGAGGAGAAAGAGCAAUUUUUGUACCAUCUAUUAACACUCAAUGCAGUGGAUUACUUCUGUUUCACUAAUAAUUAUCCGAUGACUAAACUGCCCUACAGAGUAAUUAUAUUUCCCAGUAGAAAAGCCAGUGCGUCUACAACUUCGGCAAACUGCUGGAUAGCGAUAUCUGGAUCUUUGGGAGAAACCAAUCCAGUUAACGUUCCAAAAGGAGCACUAGAAUUCGUAUUCCAUCAAAAAAAUUUGGGAGUCUUAUCUACUUUGCGCAUCGGUCACGAUAAUAGCGGUACAUCGCCGAAAUGGAUGGUCGAGCACGUGGUCGUGCGCAACGAGGUAACGGGCCACACGUUCAAGUUUCCCUGCGGCCGAUGGCUGGGCCUCGGAAUCGACGACGGCUCGACCGAAAGAUUACUCGUCGGUGCGAUCGUGCCCAAAAGCAUCGACAACGACGAACUCGUGGAAACCUGCUCGACUCCGCCACGAUGCAGAUCUCCCAGCAUACCGCGCAGGCCGAGUAUUUCACAUCUCGAGCUUCAACAGAUGCUUGGCGAGGCCGUGAAUGCAAUAGUCAAGUAUCACUAUCGUAAAGAGCUUCAAGAAGGAUCGCUAACUGCCUUGUUAUGCGGCGAAAGUGGUUUAGUUCCGUCCCUUGAGCAAAUAUUUUUAUUCGGAUUUAAAAAUCAAAGAAUAUUUGGAAGAAAUUUCUAUGUUUGGGAUUAUUUUAUACGCAUUAAAGAGAACUUUGAGAUGAAUUUACUAGAGGAAAUGAAUGAUUAUUCGUGGCGACUUGGAAGAGACAAAAAGUUGCAAGCUGAAAGAAACCGAAAGUUUGCUGUUUUGAAGUGUUAUUGCCACCUGCUCGAUCAAAUUAAUACUUUUAGUCAAACCCUUGGAAAAGAUGGAAAGUUCCAGCUGUUUAUAUGUUUAGCUUUAAGGGAGCAGCUAUUGCAUUUAAUGUUACGUCCAAUGAGUGAAGCUCGAACUACAAUAGAAAUGUAUGAAGAAAUGUCAUUCCUGCGGAAUCCAUCGCUACUUACUUUUCUGGUACAAAUGCUAGAGCCUCUAGGUAGUUUUCACAUAGUCCUUGAAAAAAGUUUAACUCAUGGAAUCGCCAGUUUAAGCUAAUAAUGUUAAACAAAUCCAAAAUAUAUACUAACAACGUUUAAAUGUUGAAUUCCGCUGUUGAAAUGAUUAAUAUUAUAUAUUAAUUGCAGACAUGUAUGACACUUUUGUGUAUUUCUAUACAAAUGACCUGACGAGAUACUCAAAACAAUUGAUAAAAUGUACGGUUUUAAUUUGAAUUAUUAUAAUUAAUAGAUGAAAUUAUCUAUAGUCUUAAAAAACAUGAACCAAAUAAGCUUCUUGUAGUCUAAUUUUGUCUCUUAUUUUAAUUAUGUAUCAUGAUUAUAGUAUAAUGCUGUAUCGCGUUGGUUAUUGUGACUGAUUACCAAAGAUAGAGAUUGAUAUUUUUAUUUAAUCAUGACAGUUAUGUGAUUUUCAGUUGCAUAAUCAAUGUGAAUUAAAUUUAGGGAAUUGUCUGAAUCCUAGUAUUGUUAUAAAAAAAAUUCUAACAUAAAUAGUUGUGCCAGAAUAUACAUGUAUAUGUGCUGAAGUAAUUUUUACUGUAAAUAUAAUAAUUUUCAAUUGUCUUUUUAUUUACAAAUUAUUAUAAUUGAAAUGAGUCGAUUUAUUUGUUAUGUAAUUGACUAAGUUGUUUAUAAAACUAUAAUCAUUUUUUGUUUUCUAAAAUUUAAACCAUGAAUUGCACGUCGAUUAUUUGAAUGUUCUUCACUUCGAGAUUUAUAAUUUGAAUGAAAGUAAAAAAAUUUAUUAUUGUAUUUGUACAUAAAAAUACGCCAAAAGUCAUAUUAUAAUAUUGGUAAUAAUUGUUUGAAUAUCACACAAAUUUAUAUGUGCUAAUGUGCUUCACUUAUUAAUUCGUUAUCAAUUGACCAAAAAUAACAUUUCUGAAUUCUUAAUACCGUUUAUUCAUUGAGACAAGUUCUCUUAUCUUCACAAUGGUCUUUCAUAAUGAAGUACUAGGAAUUUUAAAAAUCAUGGGAUUUUUACAAAGCACACAUAGAGUGAAUAAGUUUUUAAUUUUAGGCAAAAUGAAACUUUUAUAGCAUUGAAACAUGAUAUGAAUAUGCGAGUAAUUAAGUGCCAAAAUCUUUUGCAGUUUUAUUGGAGUAAAAGUUAUGUUCAUUUUGUGAAAUUUAUAUAUUAUUUUGUAGUGUAUGUGAUAUUAGUAUAUCUUUCUCCUCAUUUUUUAUAUGUAUUAUGAAAAUUGUGUUUAAUUAUCAAAUUUUAUUUUUACCACCAUCAACUGAUUUAUUUGUCAUAAAUUAGUCUUCCUAUUUGUAAAAGUACUUGAACAGUUUUUCAAGUAACAUAGACUCUAAUAAUUUUCACAAAUACUAAUUUGGUGUAAUAACUCAUAAUAUUGUAAAUAAUAUACCAAAUAAAAAAUUAUGGCUGACUGUACAGUAGGUAAAUUUACUGUAUUAAAAAUUGAAUGACUGAAAA